CGCACAGCGCACGACGAGUCUGAGCGUCAACUUUUCUGUCCGUUCCGCUCGCCUGACGCGGACAGAGACGAGCGCCCAGCCUGUUUACUACACCGUCCCGCCGCUGUCCCCGAAGCGAGUUCAAAAAACGUAACAUGCAAGCGAUUCGGAGACACUAGUUCACGCAGAAACGCUCUGUCCUGCAGAUGGAGGACGUGGCCUCAGCCCCCGUUCUCGCAGGCCCGUCCCAGCCCACGUUUUCCCGCCCGCCGGGCUCCGAGCGCCGGAACCGUAAGUCUGGCACCGCCAACAUCUUCCAGGGAGUGAACCUGCGGCAGCUGCGGAGGCUCUUCCAGGCGGCGGGGGACCCGGACGCCGAGCAGAGGGCCCGGAUGGUGUGGGGGAACCGGAGAGCGGCGGCCGGAGAGGAGGGAGCGGACCGGGAGGAGGAGGACGAGGACGGGGCCAGGGCCGAGGUGGAGACCGGUCUGGCCCAGGCGCUGGUGGGGCUCAGGGUCCGAGCGCGGAACCGGAGCGGCCUCAGGGUGGAGGCUCAUAGAGACGGCUCGGGAACCAGAUGGGUGCGGGCCUUCGGUCAUCUCAGAAUCAACGAGGGCUCACUGGCGCAGACGUCUGAAGUCAUAGCAGGAGACGACGAUAAUAACGAAAACGACGACGACGACGCAUCCGCUUCGGGAGCCUGCGGAGGACAGAGCUCUUUCGAGGCCGGGUCAUGUGACCAAGCUGACUUCCUGCCCGCGGAGGAAGAGACUCAGGGGCCCUCGGGGGGCCCCAGGUGGAGCUGGAACGCCGUUCAGGAGAAGGACCCGGAGAGAUACCUGCACCGGAUCCGACACUGACUCGGCGGAGCGGCUUCCCACUCGACCGUCACCGUAGAUUUACUUGAAGCACCGCCUCAAUCAAACACUAGUCUUAAUCGAGCAACACUACGGCACCUGCAGCAGACUUCGACAAGAAUCCCGCAGGAUUACAGUCCUGAGAAACUCUCUUUACGGGUUUGUGUACGUCCUCAGACCUGAUCGCACAGCAGUCAGACGCUAUAUUAGGGAGCGUUCGCCCAGACGUUCCCGCUCGGCCUCAUUUACUCCUCAAAACACCUCCACUGCAGAACAAAACAGAUGCUCGUGCUGCCUUUUUAGACAAAGUAGGAGUCAUCUGAGCUCUAAAAAUGUAUUUUUUAAAUGCAUUUUUUUGGGGCAAAAUCUCGUAAAUGCGUAUAAAAAAAACAUUUCCAGCCCGUAUUAUACCCCAAAAUCAAAAGAUUUCAUCUAUAUCGAGGAAGCAAUUGUAAAGCAAAUUGACAAAAAAACAAACACAAUUCGCAUUACCCAAAAAGUGAGUAAUUAUAAUACAUUUAUUUACAUGAGGUGAAAUAUUUAGUUCUCUGUUUGCUCUCUUUAGGCCGGUAAAGUCAUUGUAUUGCGGUAUAUAUUUUGUUUCUCUAAUAUUGUAUUUCAGUAAUGAGAAUCACCUUUGAGCGUGGUUCUGAAAGCCAAAACAUAUUCAGCAAAACUAAAAACAUUUUUCCUAUUUAGUUCAGGGUGAGAAGUGACUUUAUGGUUGGAUCUACCCUAGCAUUUGUGUGAACAGAGAAAGUUGCGCUCCGAAGAAGAAAAAGCAAAUGUGGAUGCACCAGAUAUGAUUAUGCACUGCGGUCCAAGUUACAUGACUUCAGAAGGUCAUGCAGACUACUUUAAGCUCCUCUUUGUAUCGGUGCCCGUUCCCUAUCACGCGUUCAUUGUAAAACAGAAAGUGAAAAUCGUGCAGGUUUGAAACAACAUGCGGCCGAGCAAAUGAACGUUCCUUUAAACGCAGUGAUUUAAGUCUCACCGGAGCUUCCAGGGCUCCUGUCGGCUUUUACUUGUGGUGUUUCUAUGAAUGUACGGGGGCCGAAGAGCGCUGGGUUUCUGUUAUUUAAUGAUACGUGCUUGUAUUUUGUUUUUGAAACACUAGUUUCUCCAUAGUUCUCCUUUCAUGGGAGCGGUUUUGCCUUCCAUCGGUGUUUAAAUGGUAAUAUCUCAAAAUACGAAAGAAUGUAUUCGCAUUUACUGCAGUUCUCGUUAAAUCUCUAGUGUUGUUUUAGAUGCAGGCAGUCUGUGGUAACAUGUUAUAAAUAGUAUUAUCACCUGUAGAAGUAUGCUGGACACUAUUAGUGCUGAUUAUUUAAUGUCUUCUUCUGUCACUUAGACAGACAUUUACAAGCAAUACGGAAGUAAACAUGUAGCCGAAAACAGGAAACACUACUACAUGCACAAGAACAAGAGUUUUUUUUUUUUUCUCAACUUCCAAUUAAACCGUUUUUGAAAUAAAACUCAAGUCUGUUCGUUUAUUGAGUGUCGCACGGUUAUAGUUUUAGCAUCUUUCAUUAAAUACAUUACAUUACAAAUCAUACAGUCCAUUGUCACGUUUUAAGGUCAGUUUUGUCGACACCUGUGGAUAAAUUGUAAAAAAAAAAAAAAAAAAAAAACAUCUUCAACAUUCAAAUGAAAUCGAAAUCAAAAAGAAUCGUGAAAAUGGAACGUUCCAGUGUUUCCGCGCGCGCUCCGGCGACCCCGCCUCCAGGUUACGAGCGCCAGAAAGGUGAGCGUAAAAAAGUAGAAAAAUAUAAUGAGGGGGGAAGAGAGAGAGAGAGAGA